ACUUGGCAUCAUUUUAGGGACAUUUUUUUUAAGCAAAUGAUCUUUGCAAAAUUUUUUAAGAAAAAAUUCACUAGUAAACUUUAUUUCUAUUAUUUUUAAUGUUCUUCUAACAAAAAAAAAGAAGCAAUAAUUCCAUAAAAGUACAAGUUUUUAACCUGUUACCGCCUUCAGACAUCCCGGCGGCGAUAUUAAUUGCUGUUUCCUCAUUUCUUCAAAUUUCAAAAUUUCUUUCAAUUUCUAUGUUUCCAGAACAUUACCGAACUUCUUCUACGAAAUAAGUUUUGCAACUUUUUCUUAGAGAAAAAAUGAACCUGUUAACGCCUCCUUCAGACAUCCUGUCACCAACAUUAAUAUCUGCUUCCAUAUAUUUCUGAAUAUAUCAAAGAAAUCCGAUAAAUUUGGUAAAUCCAAAAAUUUUGUUCCACGAAUUUUAUAACACCUUUAAACUUAAUCACAUGUCUAUCCUCAUAAAAGAUCAUUCCCAUACCACAGGUAGAUAUGCAAAUUGCCUAAUUACUUUCGCGAAUUAGCGCAAUUAUCUCACACAUAACAUCCUUAUUACUUAUAUCGACUACCUGCGAAGAUCCUUUUCUUCCUAUAUAAACUCAAGUAUUGUGAAAAGUAAAAUCAGUUACAAAGUAAUAUUCACCAGUUAGUGAACAACUAGUCAGAGAUAUUAAAUAUCAAAAACUAUAACUUUCGUAUCAGUGAAAAAAAUUUGAAUUAUCAAUUUAACUAUGGCAUCUUCAUCUCUUAUCGUUAAUACCAAUUCAUUUUGUGAAGAAGAUCUAACAACUUUUCUCGAAUGUUCCGAAAGGAUCAAAAAGUGUGAAGAACGUCAAAGAGAUCGUUGGUUAAAGAAAGCCGUUUUAACCAAUGAAGAAAUAUUCGAAGCUAGUACUAUUGUUACCGAUGAUGAUUUGCUAUCAUCUCGAAAUGAUGGAGAACAAUCUUUUCUCUCGAAAUCAGCAAGUAUGGAGCAAUUGAUGAAGUAUUUUGAAGAAGACGUUCAAGUCGAUAGUGAUCAAGAUGUAAAGAAGCCGUCGGAAAGAAGUGAGCAGAAUGUCGAAGGACCAUUACCAAGUACUGGAGCUGUAAAGAAGUCAUUCGGUUUAACCAAGAAAACUGAUAAGGACCAGCCAAUGAAGUCUCCAUUGAAGAAUCAAACUUUCACCAACAUCAAACCAAGUGAUCUGAAGUCGAUUCGUAAACAAUCAAGUGCUCCAAGUGGUAGUUAUUGCAAGGCUUCGAAUAAUGGCCAACUUGAUCCGAAGAGAAAAUUCGUUAAGUUGAGUGAUCUAGAUUUGAUUGAUCAGAACUUUAAUAAGGAAAACUCUCCAAAGAACGAUUUUAAGUCCUCGAAUGAGCCAAUUCCAAGGGAGCUCAAUGAAUAUAAUUUCAAAUCUAGAAAUCUUCGAUCAAUCCUCGAUGGCAAACAAGCUCGUGCAAAUCAUCAAUAUCUCAAGCCAAUUGAUCUGAAUCUUACUCUCAAGGAAUGGGAAGAUAGAUAUUUCCAGAUCAUUCGAAACGAUCUUAAGCCACAAGAUCUCAAUUUAACCCAGGAAGAAUGGGAUAAGAGAUAUUUCGAGUUAACACGCAAUGAUCUUAAGCCAGUUCCAGCAUCCAGAUUCAACAAACCCCAGGAAGAUAAACCAAGUAAAUGGGAAAAAUCUCUCAAACCCAACAACAACAACAAGAAAAGUGUCAAAUCAAAGGUACAAAAAAUUGCUGAAAUGUUCAACGGAAUGAUUACACAAAUGACAAAAGGUACCGACCAACGAUUUUCGAAUGAACUUUCACCAGAACCAGCAAUGAAGCCACCUCAACCAAAAGCUCGUACCAAGGUUCCACCAGCAUAUCGUCAUGUUGCAACUCCAAGAUCCAGUCCGAAGCCAACUCCAAAACCAAGUCCAAGACUUAGCAAGCGUCCAAUCAAACAAACUGGUUGCUUGAUUCCUGAGGAAGUUUUCACCAAACUAUCAGUCAAAGAUAAAGCUUUACUCUUUAAUAAGUUUAUGAAGGAGAUGUCUUUGAAGAAUCCUGAAUUUACAAUCGAUCCGGAAGAAUUCAAAUCAGCUAUGGAGAAGAAUCAAAAUGAAGAUCCAGCAGUUGGUGAGGUUCUACAAGAGAAGCAAGAAACCGUAAUGAAUUUGGCAAGGGAACUUGAAGCUAAAAUCAUCUUCCCAAGGCAGACAGUUUCUCAAGCUGCUUUGGCUAAACCUUUGGAAAAGAAACCAACAGCAUCUUCAAUUCAUGAAAUCGAUACAAAGACUGAAGAAAUCAAAGAAGAUCCUGUUCAUCUUAGCACUCUAACAGUGGUUCUCAAGCCAUCACCGAACAAAGCUGAUUCAACAACAAAAGCUCCAGUUAUUCGAAGGAAAAUAUCACCUACAACUGUGGUCGUCUGUCCAUCGAUGAAACGCUCUAAUAAUCAAAUUUCGUCAUCAAUUCCAAUCGAAGCCUAUGCACCACCGAAGAAGAUCCGUCGUACUCGUCCAGAACGAAGCAAUUCAAGGAAAUUCACUCAGAAUCCGAAUUUGGAAAAACUUUUCUACGAUUGGAUGAAGGAACGUCAUGGUUUUAGUUUUUCCAUUCAAUCUCAAGAAGAAAAGUCUCCAAAGAAAGAAGAAUCACAAGAAGAUAAUACUAAUGUAGAACCGGAAGAAAAUAUCGAAACUGAUACAACCCUGAAGAAUGAUGAAAGUCUCGAAUCUGAAGUCAUCAAAGCAGAAGUCAAAGUAGAAAUCUCCACCAAAGAAGAACCCGUAGAUAAUCUAUCUAAAUCAGUCUUCAUCAAUCAAGAUCCAUCGGAGAGUGAUAGCAGUCUUCUGACAAUGCCAAGUUCCAAAGUCAACACUGAUGAAUCACAAACAGAUCAAGCUAAAGAAUCACCUGAUGCUGAUUUCGAAUUUCUCAAGCCCGUACGUCCACCACGCAAGAAGAAGACCAAGCGUGCUACUCUCACCUGGAAGAAAGAUGCUUCAAUUGUUGAGAAACUUCCUCUCUCAACUACUGACUCUGAUUCCGAUGCCAAACAACAACUUGAUAACCAUCAGCCACCACAACAGAAGCCUAAGAAACCAACUAAUUUACUAACUGAUCCAACUAAAGGCAAGAAACUUAUCUUCAAAGAUUCACCUUCGCUAUCAGCUCAAAAUAGCUUCGAAGUUGAUGAAGCAUUUUUGGAUUUUAUGAACUCACCACGGAAGAUUCGAAAUGCCUACACUUUAACGGUGAUGUCUUCACCAUCACAAAAAACUGACAGUAUUCUAAGUAACAAGAGUGAAGCUCCAGCUAAACCACCAAGAAAAGGAAAAUCAACAAAACUUCAACAAGAUAUCAAUGAAUCUAAAUUUGAAGAUCAAGGUUUUGAAACUGCAUCAACUGGUUAUAGUCCUGCUCGAAUCAAUCAUAAAACAUCGGCUACAUUUUCGGUAAGUCCAAUGCAAGAAAAGUCUCCACUUUUCAUCAAACUGAAUGCAGAACUGGAACGUAGAAUGUCUGAAGGUACUCAGACACCAACAGCUUACUCGACUCCUGUGAAGAAUAAUUUGAACUCGAGUGGAUGCAAGAUUACUCCGGUGAAGAAAACAUCAUGGCAUACAGUUUUCAGUCCUGUGCAAUCUAACAGCGGUCGUCGGCGGUCUUUGGCUGAUUCGGAAAGCCGACGUAGUUCAAUUGUAAUGGAUGUCAUUCGUGAAGAACAACAACAACAAUUGAAGAAACCCGAUUCGCCAGAUGUCGAUGAUGAUGUCUUUGAUCCACCAACAACACCAUCAACCGAUGACGUUUGUCGUAACAGGAAAUCUUCAUUUUGGAUUACAAUCGAUGAUCUCACACUUUCAAUGGAAAUAUGUGAAAAUCCCAAAGAUCGUUUGAGUCUUCUGUCGGACAUCUUCAGCCAGAAGAGUGCUGAAACAAAAAUGGUACAUUUUGGAAUCGAUGAUUUGAAGUAUUCACCCAAAGAAGCAGCUGUCAAUGAAGAUAUCAGCAAGAAUCUACCAAAAAUCGAUGGAGUCUCCCAUUAUUGGUUUGCCAGUGGAGACUUAGCUGUUCCGUUCCAAGGUAAUUUCAUCUCUCCAGACCGAGUCAAGGAUAUCUUCACCUUUAUUCGUGAUUCACAAAUCAAAGAUGGACGUCGUCAACUUUCAUUCGGGGUUGACGAUGUUGAAUUCUCCAAAAUUCCCGAUCCGGUUAGUCCUGGACCGAAAUUCUCCAUUGAAAGCAGUUAUAGCAUGCUUAUAGGAUUGAAUGGCAAAAGUAAUGAUUGCAAUAAAUUCACCUGGCCCAGCAGUUCCCGCAAUUCGACACCAUUUAAAACAAGUGACUUUGAUCCAUCGGAAUUUGACUCGGAUAGUUUUGAAGUCAGUGAAAUUGGAAGAUUGUCAUUUAGCCCUUAUGGUGGCAAUUACUUUGAUAUGGCAUCGAUGCAAAGUGGAGGAGAAAGAUCAUCAGCGGCUUCAUUCGCAUCGACCGGAAGUCCCGAAAUGUUCACCUUUGAAUAUGAAAACGAACCAUUGGAUAAGAUGUUUGGAAAGAAAAAGACCACAUCGCCCACCAGUGACACCUUUGUUUUAGGAAAAUCAGAGAAAAACAUCAAAAUGCCAAAACCCCUGCCACCAACCGAUUCCAUGACUGUGGACAAAAUGAUUGAAACCAUUCGUCGUCAACAACAUAAACUACAGAAUCUCGAAACUGACAUGAAGACCACCUGUACUACCCCAGCUGGAUUUACCACAAGUGUUUUGGACAAAUACCAUGGAAGGCCUUAUGUGAGGAAAUUGCACAAUAUUGUCAGAUCAAUUCAGAUUAUUGCCAAGACAGGUUUUGAGAAUUGUUCCGCUCAACAGUUGGAGAGUUUUUUGUAUUUCUUGUCAUUGUAUGCUGAAACUUGCCUAUCAUCAUGCAGCAAUCAAAUGAAUGUUAUUUUGGAACAACUGAGUAAAAAUAAGGGCAUUCAGGUUUGAAGAAGAAGAUGGGGCUUGAAAUUAAAAGUUGAUUUUGUAAAAAUUUACUUUAAUUUUGUGAAUUUCCUGUGAAUAAAAUUAAUUUUACUUGUACAAAAAAAAAAU